AGGUGAAGAGGGCGUUUCUGAAACUUUAGUCAUCCGCGAGUGAAGCAACGACUGUAAGGAUGGUCGGAGGCAGUCAGAUGCAGUCCUUCAUGGCGAGGAAUGUGGUAGCCUGUGAUGCGACAUAGGCUGUGUGGAGCAAGUUCUUGUGCGAUCGAGUGGUCGUCGUUUGUGAGAGAUGGCGCAAACGGACAUACAACAAAGUCGCAAGUCGCCACGGCAGGCCGAGAGCGGGCACACCGUCUCAGGGCGACCUUUGCACGACCGUCGGCGACAGGGUCCAUUCUCAGGCUUCAGACUUCGGCCUUCACUUUCAGCCACGAAUUCAAGGCGAGCUCAGUAGAUGCGGGGCACGCGACACUCGGACUGAUAAGAAAGUUCCUAAUUCACUUAUCAGCUUGCUUGCUGCUUGCGCCUUCCUCCAACCACUUUGCUCGCCAACUGACCUACUUGUCCUCAUCUUGCUUGCUCUUGCUCUUGCUCUCUCUUACUCUUACUCUUACUCUUACUCUUACUCUUACUCUUACUCUUACUCUUGCCUCUUCCUAGCACAUCGCCCUCACCAUGUCGGACAAAUCGAACGCCCCUUCGCAAUGCCUCGGACCCAACUACCGCGCCGAAGGUGAAAAGCCCACUGCCACCGUCUCGAAGAAAGUCCGC